AUGGAAAGCACAAGCCUGCAGACCCCUGACGAUGCAUUGUCCUACAUUGCCCCAGUAGGUUACAGUAACUCCUCAGACUGCGGAUACUGCCGAAAGACUCGCAGCGGAUAUUCGUACUAUGCGUCGGGAUACUCUCUGACCCCUGAAUUCUACGAAGCACUCAUAAAUCGAUGCUGGAGGCGCUCAGGAACCCUGCUGUACCGACCAAAUCAGAAGAGCGCAUGCUGUCCGCAUUACACCCUCCGCCUGGACUCGGCUCAGUUCAAACCAUCCCGGGACCAGCGUCAAGCAGUGAACCGGUUCAACCGGUUCGUCACCGGAGAGGACUAUGUGAAGGAGGCCGCCCGGCGCUAUCCUCUCACACGAGAACAGGCCCGCAAGCGCGAUACUUGUUUUGACCUGGUCGAGAGGAUCCAUGAGGCAGAGGCAGACCGCCUGAGGACUCCACCCCAGCCGGCGCAUGAACUCAAGGUGACACUGGAGCCAGACACAUUCACUGAUGAGAAGUUCGCUGUCUUUGAUAACUACCAGAGACUGGUGCAUGGGGAGCCUCCUUCAAGCAUCAGCCAGAGAGGAUUCAAGAAGUUCCUCUGCAACUCGCCAGUCAGGAGAGACGGCAAGUUGGUGGCGGUUGGGGUUCUCGACCUACUUCCCGAGGCAGUCAGCGCUGUCUAUUUUAUGUACCAUGAGUCCAUACAUAAGCACCAGCCCGGUAAACUCGGCGCGUUGAGAGAGAUCGCCCUGGCAAUGGAAGGCGGCUAUCGGUACUGGUGGGCUGGCUAUUACAUUCACAGCUGCCCCAAGAUGCGCUACAAAAUCGACUAUCAUCCGCAGUACGUGCUGGAUCCGGAGACGUUGACUUGGGACCUGUUGGACCGAGAAGCCCUAGACGUCUUCGACAAAAAGCACUACGUCAGCCUGUCUAGAGACCGGCAAGCUGGUAUGGAGGGUAAAGAAAACGACGCCAGCAACAACACGGGCGAGGGCUCUGCCGAAACCACCAAUGUUGACGGCGACAGCGAGAUGGACUUCAGCGACGAGGACGACGGUGAAGACAUCUCGCUCUUCCACAGCGAUAUGCCUGGCAUCGUGACCGUGUCCGAUCUCGAGAACAAAUUUGACCUGGAUCACAUCCGUGUCAUGUCUGACAACACAGAUGGUUUCUUCUUCACUGCCGAGGCCAACAUCUGGGACCGCAGCAGCAUACGUGAAGUCGGGUCCCUCAAGUCCCGAAUCGCGGAAUUGGCCGCCGCAAUAGGACCUGAUCUCCUUCCACAGGUCUGUCUCGAUUUCCGACGGAAACGGCAGUAG